AUGUCCAUAAUAUCUUACUCUCUCUCUCUCUCUCUCUCUCUCUCUCUUAUGUUUUUCUAUCAUCUAUCUAUCUAUCUGUCUAUCUAUCUAUGUUCAUCUAUCUUUUCUUGUAUCUAUUUAUUCAUCUAUCUAUCUAUCUAUCUAUCUAUCUAUUUUAUUCUUAUCUAUCUAUUUCUAUGUAUCUAUUUUAGUCUGCUUCUAUCUAUCUAUCUAUCUAUCUAUCUAUCUAUCUAUCUAUCUAUCUAUCUAUUUUAUCUGUUCAUUAUCUAUCUAUCUAUCUAUAUAUCUAUCUAUCUAUCUAUCUAUUUUAUGUUCUAUAUAUCUAUCUGUCUCAGUCUGUUCAUUAUCUAUCUAUCUAUCUAUCUAUCUAUGUUCGUAUAUAUCUUAGUCUGUUUCUAUCUAUCUAUCUAUCUAUCUAUCUAUCUAUCUAUCUAUCUAUGUUCGUAUCUAUCUUUGCUCGUCUAUCUAUCUUAUCUAUCUAUCUAUCUAUCUAUCUAUCUAUCUAUCUAUAUAGUCUCAUCUAUUUUCUAUCUAUGUUCGUAUUAUCUUAUGUUUCUAUCUAUCUAUCUGUCUAUCAGUCUGUUCAUUAUCUAUCUAUCUAUCUAUCUAUCUAUCUAUCUAUCUAUCUAUGUUCGUAUCUAUCUUAGUCUGCUUCUAUCUAUCUAUCUAUCUAUCUAUCUAUCUAUCUAUCUAUCUAUCUAUCUAUGUUCUCUGCUUCUAUCUAUCUAUCUAUCUAUCUAUCUAUCUAUCUAUCUAUCUAUCUUGCAGAUAAUCAUGAUAUUAAGCAAUACAAAAGGACCCACAAGUGAAAUGAAUGCUGAUAAAAUGCUUAUUCAGCGCAGAUAA